UUGUGAUGUCUUUUUCUGGCUUUGGUAUCAGUAAUAUUGGCUUCAUCGAAUGAGUUAGGAAGUGUUCCCUCUUCUAUUUAUUAGAAAACUUUGGGAAGAAUUAGCAUUAAUUCUUUUUAAAUGUUUGGUAGAAUUCACCAGUAAAGCCAACUAGUCCUGGGUUUUCUUUGUUGGGAGAUUUUUGAUUACUAAUUAAGUCUCUUGGUAUAAGUCUAUUUUGAUUUUCUGUCUCUUCUCAAGUCAGUUUUGGUGGUUUGUGUAUUUCUGGGAAUUUGUCAGUUUCAUCCAGGUUAUAUGAUUUGUUGACAGAUACUUGUUCAUAAUAUUCUCCUAUAGUAAUUUUUAUUUCUGUAAAGCUGAUAGUAUUGUAUAUACUUUGAUGCCUGACUUUAGUAAUUUCAUUCUUCUUUCUUUGUUAGUCUAGCUAAAUGUUUGUCAAUUUUGUUGAUCCUUUUAAAGAAACAACUUUUGGUUUUAUUGAUUCUCUAUAGUCUUUCUACUUUCUAUGUUGUUUAUUUACAUUCUAACUUAAAGUAUUUCUUUUCUCUGCUUACUUUGGAUUUAGUUUGCUCUUUUAUUAGGUUUCAUAAGGAAGAAAGGUUAUUUAUCUCAGGUCUGAUUUUUCAGUAGUUCUUUACAGCUAUAAAUUUUUCUCUCAACACUCCAUUUAUUGCAAAUCUUAAGUUUUGGUAUGUUGUAUUUUCAUUUUUAUUCAUCUCGAUAUUUUUAAAUUUCCCUUGAAAUUCUUUGAUCUGUUGACUAUUUGAGUAUAUUGUUUUAUCCACAUAUUUGUGAGUUUUCCAAAUUUCCUUUUGUUUCUGAUUUCUAAUUUUAUUUCAUUGUGAUCAAAGAAGAUACUUAGUAUUAUUUCAGUCCUCUAAAUUUAUUGAAACUUGUUUUAUGCCCUAACAUGAGUUAUCACAUGUUCCAUGUUCAACUGAGAAGCAUGUGUAUUCUGUUGUUGUUGGGUAGAAUAUUCUGUGUGUCUUAGGUCUAGUUGGCUUAUAGUGUUGUCAAGUCUUCUAAUUCCUGUUUAUCUUUUGUUUAGUUUUAUUCACUGCUGAAAGUGAAACAUUGAAGUUUCCAAUUAUUGUUGAACUAUCCAUGGCUCCCUUCUAUCAAGUUUUUGCUUCAUAUAAUUCAUGGUUCUGUUGAUUUUCAGCUACUGAUGUUACAAACAAACUAUUGGAGCAUAGAGUUGAGGAAAAGACUUAUACCAGAUUUUUCUUCAAUUAAUUAAAAAUAUGGAUCCUGAAGUAGAGAUACCACAGAGUAUCAAAGUGACACCUCUUCAGCAAAUGCUCGCCUCUUGUACUGGAGCUAUACUGACAUCACUAAUGGUGACACCCCUGGAUGUAGUUAAAAUUCGACUUCAAGCCCAAAGCAACCCAUUUCCCAAAGGAAAAUGUUUUGUAUAUAGUAAUGGACUUAUGGAUCAUCUAUGUAUCUGUGAAGAGGAAGGAAACAAAGCAUGGUAUAAGAAGCCAGGUUAUUUCCAGGGAACAUUGGAUGCCUUUUUGAAAAUCAUUCGAAAUGAGGGCAUUAAAUCCCUGUGGAGUGGCCUUCCCCCUACCUUAGUAAUGGCAAUUCCUGCCACCGUUAUUUAUUUUACCUGCUAUGAUCAAUUAACUGCUCUCCUGAGGUCUAAAUUAGGAGAAAAUGAAAGCCGCAUACCAAUUGUUGCUGGAGUUGUGGCCAGAUUUGGUGCAGUAACUGUAAUAAGUCCAUUAGAAUUGAUAAGAACCAAGAUGCAAUCUAAGAAGUUUUCUUACAAGGAACUGCAUCAAUUUGUCAGCAAAGAAGUAUCUGAAGAAGGUUGGAUUUCGCUUUGGAAGGGCUGGGCUCCUACUAUUCUUAGAGAUGUACCAUUCUCAGCAAUGUACUGGUAUAACUAUGAAGUUUUAAAGAAGUGGUUGUGUGAGAAAUCUGGUUUAUAUGAACCGACAUUUAUGAUCAACUUUACUUCAGGGGCAUUGUCUGGUUCUUUUGCAGCCGUUGCAACUUUGCCAUUUGAUGUGGUAAAAACACAAAAGCAGACAGAACUUUGGAUGUAUAAAAGUCAUAAAAUAUCUAUGCCUUUGCAUAUGUCUACCUGGUCUAUAAUGAAGAACAUUGUUGCUAAGAAUGGGUUUUCUGGAUUAUUUAUAGGCCUAAUUCCCCGUUUAAUUAAAGUUACUCCUGCUUGUGCCAUUAUGAUCAGUACAUAUGAAUUUGGAAAGGCUUUUUUCCAGAAACAAAAUGCUCGAGGACAGCAAUAAUAGUGAUGCUGUUUCAACUUGAAAUAACCAUGGCCAAAUAAUAAGUUAAAAAGAACAAAUGCUGCACCUACAUAGAAGCUGCUGUGCUUAGAGGAAGAGCAAAGUGAACUAACUCAAAGCCCUGAUUUUCAAAGCAGAUAUGUGACAUUUCAGAGGUAAUCCAGUGUAUUAGUUUAUCAAAAUUGGAGAUUUUUACCUAAUGAUAGGAACUUUAUAAAGAAUUUCCAUAAGUUGUUAAUGUGAGGCAUUUUUAACCACUUGAAAACUUGUAUGUAAAUCUAAUAAAGAUGACUUACAAACUGA